UAGGAUGCAUGUAUAGAGGAUUCCCACCCCACCUUUGUCGGCGGCGGCGGCGGGAGAUCGCAUGCCGCCGCAUCGCGCUUCUAUCGACCACCACGCGGGCGCAAACACUGCGCCAACGUGCCUUCGAGAAUUUCCUCGCAGUAUCUUUCCAGCGGCGAUCAGAUAACCUUAACCGCCGGCGGGAUGCCGCUCUCAUCGCCUAUCCCAAUACUGCUACUAUGUGAAAAGUAUGGACUUGCCCCGAGUCACGUCGCAGUCUUCCCUCUGUCCGACCGACCACUCGGACAAGUCGAGGACGCCGGCCAGCCAGAAGCUGCUCGUCCAGCAGCAGCAACAGAAAGCACUUGCCGCUAUCAAUAGAGAAACAUGUGGUCAGCAACCUCCGGAACCUCAGUUCGCGAUCCUGCCUUCCGCGCACGGUUACCGGCCGAGCAGGAAACGCGAGGAGGCGCUCGCGCUGCAGAACCUCCGCAGGAGACUGCAGGCCGUCCGGGUGAUGCAAGCCAACAAGCAGGAGCCUGUGGAGGCGCUCGGUGCCAACAACAACAUCAGCGCUGAGGAUAUCGACAACAGGCCUAAAAUGCUGAAAAAGAUCCUACAUAACCGUCCCGUUAGCAUAGUUUUAGAUAUUUCGGAAAUUCGUACCGCAUGGCAAGAUAGUGAUUUUAUAACGGACAGCCUUUGUUGGCACAACGUCUAUAGGCAAAGGCAUGGAUCCCCUCCACUCUCCAUGUCUUCAGAACUUUGUUAUUUAGCUCAAACAUGGGCCAACCAUUUGGCUCAUAGCAAUAGGUUUUACUAUAGAAACGAUAAGGAUAUUGGCCAGAACUUAUUCUGCAGACCAGCAAAUUCCAUAGAGUUAGAAGUAACAGGCCAGGAAGUUUCCACGUAUUGGUACAGCGCCGUCCGCCAAUACGACUUCCGCAGGGAGCCGGAAAACCUGCACGUCAACGCGAACGCCGGCCAUUUCACGCAGGUGGUGUGGGCGAGCUCCAAACACUUCGGAGUCGGGAAAGCUCGCUCCAGAUCGGGGAAAAUCGUCGUGGUCGCCCACUACCACCCAGCAGGAAACAUCAACGGGCUGUACAUGGACAAUGUUUUAUCUCCUUCGCAAGCCGAGCAGGCGAGCCUGUCGAUUCCCGGCACCGGCAGGUUUUUAUGCAGCGGCAGCUCUACUGCAGGCUCUAGUCGUAGAAGUAGCACAUGCAGUUAAGAUUAAUUCGUUUCCUCGAUCUACACCCUUGUGGAAAUUUUUCUCUGAGAAAGUUUUAAUAAGAGUUUACUUUCUCUUAAAAAGUCUGAAUAAUACUUAUUAUGUCGGAAAAAGUCUGAAUAAGUCAGACUAAAUGGUAGGUACCAUAGCGAUUAAAAUAAAUAUCCUGAAUUGUAUUUGGUUAUUGCAAAAGAAAGCAUAAUGAAAAGUAUUUAUAAACACUGUUUUUUGGGUUGUUAUAAGGCUUAUAAAAUACGAAAGCAAUGUUUACAAUAUAGGUAAACAAACUUUAUUUUAAUUGAACAGAAUAAAACAGUUGGGAGAUACGCAGGGCUCCCACACCUCCUAAAACUCAUAAGAUUCCUAAAAUUUUGCUUAAAUCUUGAAAACUCAUAAAAUUGCAUUCAAUCUCCUAAAACUCCUAAAAUCCUAAAAAUUAAAUUUAAAUAGGCCAACCUGAC